AUGUCUGAUAAAUAUAAAUCGGUUGGAUAUUCCUCCAAAGAUUUGGCUGGUCAUACAAAGAUGAAGACAAGAGAUGAUGUUGGUCAAAAAGCAAUGGAGGAACGUGAGAGACAACAAAGAGAAAAAGAACGUUUAGAACAGAUAGAAUUGAAACAAAAACAAAUGUUAGAUUCAAGAAAAGAAUCAAGAAAUAAUAGAAAUACCGAUAGAGAUAAUGAUAGAGAUAGAAAUAGAGAUUAUGGUGAUGAUAAAGAAGAGGAAGAAGAAGAAGAGGGAGAAGAAAGAUUAGAACAAAGAUCAACAACAACAACAACUUCAACAACAACAAAGAAUAAGAAUAUAGAUGCGGAUGAUACAGAUAGUAGUGAUGAUGAUGAUGAUAGUGGAGAUGACAAUAAGAAAGAUAAUGAUAACGACGAUAGCGACGCAAGUGAUAGUGACGACGAUGAUGAAGACGACGAAGAAGAACUCAUGAGAGAACUCGAGAAACUAAAGAGAGAAAAGGCAGAAGCUCAAAAGAGAAAACAAAUGGAAGAUGCAGACUCUGAGAAACUCGCAAGACAAGAGAAAUUGAUUUCAAGCAAUCCACUUUUAAAUAAGAAUAAUAAUAAUAAUAAUGAUUAUUCAAUGAAGAAAAAGUGGUAUGAUGACUCUAUAUUUAAGAAUCAAGCAAGAGAUGAACCUGUUACAAAGAAAAGAUUUAUAAACGAUACAACUAGAAAUGAUUUUGCAAGGAAAUUCUUAUCAAAAUAUAUAAAAUAA